AUGCUUUUUAGUAGGUGUUCAUUAGGAAUAAAAAACCACUAUAAAAGUAUUCAAAAUAAGUUUUCUGGUUUAUCAAAAACAAUUCAGAAUGACUUAAUUACAUGUAUUUCUGAAUACAUAUUUAGUAAUAUCAAACAAGAAAUUAAACAAUGCAUGUUUUAUUCAGCUCAAAUAGAUGAUACUAUUGAUAUAACUCAAAAAACUCAGUGUUCUAUCAUAUUAAGGUUUGUUAAUAAAAAUUCAGAACUAGUUGAGCGUUUUCUUGGUUUCCAUAAUGUUAGUGAUGAUCAUACAGCUGAAGAAUUGUUUAACUUGAUAGCUUCUGUUUUAAAUAAAUUUGACAUUGAGAAAAAGUUAGUUGGCCAAUGUUACGAUGGUACAAGUGUUAUGGCAGGAAAUUUGACAGGAUUACAAAAUAGAGUAAAAAAUAUUGCACCCAAUGCAAUAUUUAUACAUUGUUUAGUGCAUCGAUUAAACUUGGUAUUGCAAAAUGGCUGUAAUAUGAAUUCAAAAUGUCGUAUUUUCUUUGCUAAUGUAACUGGAAUUUUAGCUUAUUUCCAUAGUUCUACCUCACUCACUAACGUCGUUGAUUCUACUGUAGGAAAACACAUUCCACAAUUUGGUCAAACAAGAUGGUUUUCGUAUUCAAAAAUUUUGAAUCUAUUAGUCAAUGAGUGGCCUAACAUUAUAACUGUUUUUGAAACUAUUAGUAUUAAUCCAAAAUCAUCUGCAGAAUCUAUUCGUGGUGCUAUAGGGCAUUCAAAAAAUUUAAAGUCUUUUGAUAUAUAUUUGGGAUGUAUGAUUUACCAAUGCAUAUUUUUGCUAUAA